AUGCCCAAGGCCGCCCCCACCAAGGUUAACACCAAGAGCAAGUUCACGCUCGACUACAGCAAGCCGGCCGCGGACUCGCUCUUCGACGGCGCCGCCUUCGAGAAGUACCUCCAUGACCGCAUCAAGGUCGACGGCAAGGCUGGUCAGCUUGGUGACAACAUUAAGAUUCACCGCGAUGGCAACCGCGCGCUCGUGAUCACCUCUAACAUCCAGCUCUCGAAGCGCUACCUCAAGUACCUCACGAAGAAGUUCCUCAAGAAGAGCGUGCUCUCCGACUUCAUGCGCGUCACCGCCGGGUCCAAGGACUCCUACGUGAUCAAGUACCGCGGUGUUGCUGCUGACAACGCCGAUGAGUCUGACGACGAGUAA